UAUCCCCAAUUUGUACAACAUAAUUUCCCGCCUCUCAGUUCGUCAUUUCCCGCUCUGCAAAACCCUAACCCUCCGGCAAAUGGGGCAGAAGCAGCAACAACCCAACCCCGAUCCUCUCCCCGAACCCAAGAAAAGACGACGCGUCGGUUUCUCUAACAUCGAUGCUGGAGUUGAGGCCAACGAUUGCACUAAGAUUUAUUUAGUUUCUAGGAAAGAGGAGGUGGGAAAUUCAGAUGGUUUCUGUAUUAGUCCAGUUGAUUUGAACAGCUUUUUUGAAGAAGAUGGGAAGAUAUAUGGUUACCAAGGGUUAAAGAUUACCAUCUGGAUUAGCAGUAUAUCAUUUCAUGCACAUGCUGAUAUUACUUUCCAAGGCACAUCUGAUGGGGGCAAAGGGAUUACAGACCUGAAAUCUGCUCUUGAGAAAAUUUUUGGUGAGACUCUUCUGGAGAACAAAAACGACUUCCUGCAAACUUUUUCAACUGAAAAUAAUUUCAUCAGUUCAGCUGUAUCAAAUGGAGAGAAGCUGCAAAACAAAGCCUCCAAUGGCCAUAUAAGUCAUUUUAAUAGCAAUUCAGAAGCAGCCUCAUCUGACUUGGAGGUUGUUCGCAUGGUGGUAAGCAAUUUGGCUGCUGGACAUCUUUAUAGUCGCUUGGUACCUCUGGUUCUUCUUCUUGUUGAUGGUAGCAAUCCUAUUGAUGUAACUGAUCCAAGCUGGGAGUUAUAUCUCUUGAUUCAGAAGAAAAUGGAUCACCCAGAGAAACCUCAACAUUUAUUGCUUGGUUUUACAGCAGUCUAUCGUUUUUAUCGUUACCCUCAGGGUUCACGCUUGCGACUUAGCCAGAUUUUGGUAUUGCCUCCUUACCAGCACAAGGGUUAUGGCAGUUACCUUGUGGAGGUGCUCAGCAAUGUUGCAAUAUCUGAAAACGUUUAUGACUUGACAGUUGAAGAGCCUCUGGAUUACUUCCAACAUGUGCGCACUUGUUAUGAUGUAAAAAGGUUGCUAGCCUUUGACCCAGCCCAGAGUGCAGUUAAAUCAGCUGUUGUGUGUCUGAAGCAAGGGAAAUUGUCAAAGAAAACCCAUGUUCCUCGAUUCCUGCCACCUCCUGAUGUAGUUGAGGAUGUCAGGAAAACUUUGAAAAUUAACAAGAAACAGUUUCUUCAGUGUUGGGAGAUUUUGAUAUACCUCGGCCUUGAUCCUUUAGAGAAGCAUAUGGAGGAUUAUGUGACAAUCAUUUCUAAUAGGGUGAAGGCUGAUAUACUAGGGAAAGAUUCUGAGACUCUGGGAAAGCAAGUGAUUGAUGUCCCUAGUGUUCAUGAUGAGGAGAUGUCAUUCGUCAUGUUCAGGUCUCAGAACAGCAAGGUUGGUGGUGUUCAAAUGGAUGAAGAUCAGGCAAAAACUCAAGGAGAGCAGCUGCAGCAGUUGGUUGAUGAGAGAAUCAAAGAGGUCAAGUUAAUUGCGCAAAAAGUGUCUCAGAAACACGUAUGAAAUACCAGUUUCUAGGCAUGAUGCAUUAACCAGUUAAAAGUAUUACUGAAAAUUUAUAUUCAAGUUGUAGGUUGGGGUAUAUUGAGGCUUGUUUGUAAAUUUUUGAGCUGUACUUUAAUUUGAGCUUGUCUUAGAAUAUUAGCUGACCUUAUAUUUUAUACUCCAUGUCAUCAUUUUAAUCCUCGUAGCAAUAUGAGAAAGCCCAAGUGGUUGUUGAAUCAAA